CCUCUCCUCCUCUUCGCCGUCUUCCCCGGCCCUGUGCUGCCGCAGCCAUGAAGGUCGAGCUGUGCAGCUUCAGCGGGUACAAGAUUUACCCCGGGCACGGGCGGCGCUACGCCAGGACCGAUGGCAAGGUUUUCCAGUUCCUUAACGCAAAAUGCGAGUCGGCAUUCCUCUCCAAGAGGAACCCUCGGCAGAUCAACUGGACGGUGCUCUACAGGAGGAAGCACAAGAAGGGGCAGUCGGAAGAAAUUCAAAAGAAAAGAACCCGCCGUGCAGUCAAAUUCCAGAGGGCCAUCACUGGUGCAUCUCUUGCUGAUAUAAUGGCCAAGAGGAAUCAGAAACCUGAGGUUAGAAAGGCCCAACGAGAGCAGGCCAUC